GACAAAAGACAAAAUGCUAGUUGUAUUCGCUUUGGCUCUCCUCGGGGGUGCUUUGGCCCAAGACGUCACAGUUCAUAUGAAAUUAAAGCAGCACUGGAGCGGCAAUUUUGAGGGGUCUUUUUCUUAUACACCUACAUAUGGCAUCAAAGGAUGGGAGCUUAAAAUUCACUUCUCCGUCCCAGUCCAUAGUCUCCAGCAAUGGGAUGGCGAUUACAUCCAGAAGGAUCCAAACGGACAGAACUUUAUCCUGGUGAACAAGAAGUCAAAGGGAAUUCACCCCGCUGGUCAGGCCUUGGAGAUCCGCAUGAUGGGGCAGUACUCUGGCAGUACAGUGCCAACAGCUACAGGGAUCUUCGUGGACGUCACCCACGACAGCCAGACCCUGCCCCCAUUACCACAUCAUACUGGCCAAUCCACAAAAUACAACUACGACGAAGUCCUGAUGAAGUCUUUGUUAUUUUACGCCGCGCAGAGGUCUGGUAAACUUCCGGCAAAUAACCCUAUUUCAUGGCGUGGUGAUUCCGCCCUCAAUGACGGGAAAGAUGUAGGACAUGACCUGACAGGUGGCUGGUAUGACGCCGGUGAUCACGUUAAGUUUGGAUUGCCCAUGGCGGCCUCUACCACAAUACUCGCUUGGGGAUUACUACAGUGGAAAGACGCCUAUCAGUCCAGCGGACAGCUUGACCGUAUGUACGACUGCAUUAAAUGGCCACUGGAUUACUUCCUGAAAGCUCACACAGGUCCUAAUGAGCUGUAUGUUCAGGUUGGAGAUGGUAGCGCAGACCACGGUUACUGGGGACGUCCGGAGAAUAUGACCAUGGCAAGACCUUCCUACAAGAUCUCCACCUCCAAACCCGGAAGUGACGUAGCUGGCGAAACCGCCGCAGCCAUGGCUGCUGGAUAUCUGGUGUUCAAAAACAAAAAUCCUGCAUACGCCAACAAGCUACUGUCGCAUGCCAAACAGCUGUACGAUUUCUCCAAGAACCAUAAGGGCCUUUACUCCACAUCGGUCCCGGCCGCUGCCGCAUACUACAGAUCCGCCUCUUACGAGGACGAAGCCGUGUGGGCGGGAUGCUGGCUGUAUUACGCCACCAAUGACGCUAAAUAUCUGGCCGAUGCGGAAAAGCAUCAUCCUGCCAUAGCUGGAGGUGCCUGGGGACAGUCUUGGGACGAGAAAGAUGCUGGAGCAAAUUUGCUUCUUUACAAGUUCACGAAGAAGGAUACAUACAAACAGGACAUCGUUCAAACGUACAAAGACUGGAUGCCUGGUGGCUCUAUAACUUACACACCUAAAGGCUUGGCCUGGAGACUGGAGUGGGGACCAUUAAGAUAUGCACAAAACAUGGCAAUGAUCGCCCUGAUGGCAGCUGACUACGGCAUUAAUCCUGCGUCUUACCGGAAGUGGGCCAUGAGUCAGGUUCACUACGCUUUGGGGGACGCCGGAAGGAGUUUCGUGGUGGGUUUCGGUAAAAACCCUCCGACCAAACCUCACCACAGAUCAGCUUCUUGUCCUGACAUCCCAGCCACAUGUGACUGGGAACACGAGCAGACGAAGGACCCCGAUCCGCACGUUCUCUAUGGCGCUCUCGUUGGCGGUCCGGGACGAAGUGACGAUUAUGUGGACGAAAGAUCUGACUACACAAAGAACGAGGUAGCCUGCGAUUACAAUGCUGGGUUCCAGUCGGCAGUGGCGGGCCUCAAGCAUCUGGCCGUUCACAAUCAGUUGCCUCAUUAGUGGGACAUCCGGAUAAUAGUGGGAUAAUCCGGAGUCCUUGACGGCGAGAUGACAUAUGUUAUAAAGGUGGAACAAACAUUCAUUUCCCAUGGAUGUUAUCUUUAUACUGUACGCAGAUGUCCCUCAAAACUGAUACAGUAAUUUCAGUGGUUGAUGUUUUUACGUCACACCUCCCAUUUAAUCCUCUUAAAUAACAAAUGUUUUAUAUCUAGUUUUAGGUCACGUUAUUUCGUUUUUAUUCCGAAAUGAUAUUGUUUGUGCCCGUUCAUAUUAAAAUACAAAUGAAAAAAAAU